AGUUUCUGGCUCUAGCUUCUUAUCCGUUUGAGCAAGCCAGCGAUGAGCGCCAUUUCGUUGCCGACCAGCUAUUGCAGGGAAGCAAUGAGCGUUUCGGCGAGUUCCGCAUCCCCAUCUCCAGAGUGGCUGCCACUGCCGCGCCUGGCGAAGGAGGAGAUGCACGUUGCGGGCCUGUGCGUGCCCUGCUUGUUCCACCGCAGCAAAGCGGAUGGCUGUCGGAAAGGCGAUGCCUGCAGCCACUGCCACUUCUGCAGCCGUUCGGAGGUCUCCCACCGGCGCAAGGCGCUGCACCUGCAGAUGAAGCGGAAGGAGGCGGCGCAGAUGCAUCAGGAGAAGCAGUUCUUUUGGCUGUGAGCAAGCCAUCUACGACACCUAAGCGAAUUAAUGCGUGCUCAUGCCUGGCUGAUCAGGCCUUGGCACGGAAAAUAAAAUCGACUCGCCUUUGAAGGCGGCCAUGGCUGCUCUUUGCAUUCGAACA